AUGGAACCAUUGCUAAGCCUCUCUUGCGCUACGUUGAAGAGCAGAGCUAGAGCUCUGCUGGCUUUAUUGCACAUCAGUUACACUUAUAAUUCAGGCUACACGUCCUCAAAGUUGGUCGUUUCGGCAGUUGGCAUGGAGUGGAUUCUAUGCAAUGUCAGGUCCCGUGAAAUAUACCUGUCGUUUCCCGCAGCACGAUGGCUAUGA